AUGCGAGGAAUCAGAGCUGCUAGUUUGUUUCGAAGGGCGCUUUCUGUUGUUGCGGCCCGUACGCCUGGCCAUUUGUCUCACGCGACACCAGUUCAUGUCUCCCAUCGGACCGCCGAGGACGCCGCUUCGGGGAGUCGAUUGGUUUCUCAGUUUGCAUCUGCUUUAUCGUCAUUCUCUGGUUCGAGUGUCGAAACCCCAGUUGGAGGAACUGCUCCAGAUAUUCCAGAGAGAAGUCUCAGUGAGAGCAAUGGUGAUGAUGAUGUUGAAAACGGUAUAUCCUCUUCUUCCAGUUCAAGUGUCGACACACCAGUUCCCGCAACGACCACCGUGAAUCCAGGAGAAUGUUCCGUCCAGAGAGAUUACGAUGAUGAUGCUAAUGAAAGUGAUGAUGGUUCCCGCAGUGAUUGUGAUGAUGGAUUUCAUGAUGGUGGCGAGGGGCAGGUGAAGCUGAUUGAUGCCGCCCUUCUUAUAGAUGUGCAGGCCAUUGUUAAAAUGUUGCAUGAUUCGAGUAAAAAUCGUGUGGAAAUGAGGGACAAGAUUGAGCAGUGCGAGGUUAAGGUGUCACAUGAAUUGGUCAGGGAAGUUCUUUCCAGGGUGAGGAAUGAUUGGGAAGCAGCCUUCACUUUCUUCUUGUGGGCUGGUAAGCAGCCAGGUUAUGCUCAUUCUUUACGUGAGUAUCAUGCUAUGAUCUCUAUCCUAGGUAAAAUGAGAAAGUUUGAUACAGCAUGGGCAUUGGUUGAUGAGAUGAGAGGUAUAAGAACUGGUGUUUCGCUUGUUACUCCACAAACUCUGCUGAUUAUGAUAAGGAGGUAUUCGGCUGCCCGCGAUGUUGGUCAAGCUAUAAACACAUUUUAUGCACACAAGCGCUUUAAAUUCGAUGUGGCGAUGGAAGAUUUUCAUGGUCUUCUGUCUGCUCUAAGCCGUUACAAGAAUGUACAAGAUGCUGAGCAGUUGAUGUGGUGCAAUAAGGAGAUCUUUCCGUUCAACACAAAGAGUUUUAACAUUGUGCUGAAUGGAUGGUGUAAUGUGAUUGGUAGCCCUAGAGAAGCAGAGAGAGUGUGGAGGGAGAUGUCCAAAAGGGGGAUCCGCUAUGAUGUUGUCUCAUAUGCAAGCAUCAUCUCUUGUUAUUCAAAGGCAGGCAAUAUUUACAAGGUGCUAAAGAUAUACAACAGGAUGAAGGAGAUGAACAUUGAACCAGAUAGGAAAGUGUAUAAUGCUGUUAUUCAUGCUCUUGCAAAGGCAGGGCAUGCAGAGGAAGCUAUUGAUCUGUUGAAAACAAUGGAUGAGAAGAAGGGCAUUUCACCUAAUGCCGUGACUUAUAAUUCAUUGAUUAAACCUUUGUGCAAGGCACAGAAAAUCAAUGAAGCAAGAGCUGUCUUUGAUGAAAUGUUACAGCGUGGUCUCCCUCCAACAAUACCGACAUAUCAUGCUUUCUUGCGUUACCUGAGGACUGCUGAGGGUGUAUUUGAGCUAUUGGAAAAUAUGUCAAAGGUGGGUUGCCAGCCUACUAAUGAUACCUAUAUUAUGUUGAUCAGAAAGUUUUGCCGAUGGCGCCAACUUGAUAAUGUGUUCAAACUUUGGGAUCUGAUGAUCAGGAAUGGGAUAAGCCCGGAUCGUAGCACAUAUAUUGUGCUGAUACAUGGGCUCUUUCUAAAUGGCGAAUUGGAGUUGGCACAUCAAUAUUACGCAGAAAUGAAGGAGAAGCAGCUAUUGCCAGAACCUAAGAUAGAUGAAGUGAUUCAGACAUGGUUGUCAAACAAGCAAAUAGCAAAGCUGCAGCUGGUGAAAUUAGAAGGCAAUCAGUCAAGCAAGCCAGGCAGAGAUACUUCUACAAGAUUCGGACGUGACAAAAACUUCGUCCGACAAGCUGAAACACGAAGAGUUGUGAGAGAUCGAGGCUUUUCUUUCUGGGAGCCUUAG